CGUGGUCGUAGUCUGGAGCCACAGUUUCUAGUGAGGCAACCGCCGGAGCUGCGUGGAGAGCUAAGCUGAGCGGCGGUGGGGUGCUUCUCUGCCCCCUCGUAGAAAAGCCUGCCAAUGCUUUCUCAUUUGGAUCCAGGCUCCAAUUCGGGAGUCUGGUAGCUGGAUCCCCUAGGAAGAGAAGUUCUCACGCGGUAAGAAGAAAGCCUUUCAAUUUGGGACACUUCCUUGCAGCUGGAAAUGGGGAAUGGACUGUCAGACCAGACUUCUAUCCUGUCCAGCCUGCCUUCGUUUCAGUCCUUCCACAUUGUCAUUCUGGGUUUGGACUCUGCUGGAAAGACAACUGUGUUAUACAGGCUGCAGUUCAAUGAAUUUGUAAAUACCGUACCUACCAAAGGAUUUAACACGGAAAAAAUUAAGGUAACCUUGGGAAAUUCUAAAACAGUCACUUUUCACUUCUGGGAUGUAGGUGGUCAGGAGAAAUUAAGGCCACUGUGGAAGUCAUAUACCAGAUGCACAGAUGGCAUUGUGUUUGUUGUGGACUCUGUUGAUGUUGAAAGGAUGGAAGAAGCCAAAACUGAACUACAUAAAAUAACUAGGAUAUCAGAAAAUCAAGGAGUCCCUGUGCUAAUAGUUGCUAACAAACAAGACCUGAGGAACUCAUUGUCUCUCUCAGAAAUUGAGAAAUUGUUAGCAAUGGGUGAACUGAGCUCAUCAACUCCCUGGCAUUUGCAGCCCACCUGUGCAAUCAUAGGCGAUGGACUGAAGGAAGGACUUGAGAAACUACAUGAUAUGAUAAUUAAAAGAAGAAAAAUGUUGAGGCAGCAGAAAAAGAAAAGAUGAAUGGUGAUAACCUUUUAGAUCUGUGUGGAGUAGGUUUUCUGUGGUCUGAUUUUGACAAAUGGAAGAGUGUCUACAUCCUGGUUUGCCUGCCUGCCCUCCUGGAUGCUGUUAAAGCUUUGUUUUGUUGAACAAUCAGAUGUCCAACUCUGUUGCCUUGUGGAAGAUGAGUAAAUGCAGUGCUUCUUAAAAUGGCCUCUUCUGCCUACCCCACAAAUCUUUUGGUACUACCAUUUUGGGAAGCCAAGCAAAGAUAGAAAAUUGACCAGAAAACAGCUGUGGAAAUUUGACCUGAAGUUAGUGAAAUAAAACUUUGAAGAGUGUCUGCCUAGUGUUUUGUGCCUACAUCUUUUGGGGGGAAGCCUUUGCAAAGAAAUUGCAUGCAAGGCUUUGUAUGUUAUGCUAAUGAAUGGAAAUGUUAAGGUAGAUUAAUAUAUACAGUCAUACUGGUCACGUUGGUCCAACCAGUAAGGGACAAGGAGGCAGUGCUUGGCUUUUUAAGUUUGGCUGAAUGAAUUUUGACAUUUUCUGGAAUCAAAUACUGUAAUGCUGUAUCUUAAUUCUAGACGAUGUUUAAGUUGGUCUAACUUAAAAUUUAAAAAGAGGUAUUUGGGGCAUAUUCAAGUGCAUGGAUUAGUUUUUCUGACAAAGCAUGUUUUGGUGUAUAGUCUUUUACUUUCUAGAAAUAGCUAUGCAUCUUUUUACACGGUCAGGUUUAAAACACCUUUUUGGGGAUUUAGGGCUGUUUUAGAAAUAGUUUGUUGUCAGAGUCACUUUCAGUUAAAGAACCUAAAAUAAUUUACUUAACUCUUUUACAUAGUAAAUUUGGGCAUGUAGACUAAUCGUAAAUGCAUAUGCUUUGACAAAUGUAUGGAUUUAUGAAGAAAGCAAUUGAUGAAUUCAGUCAAGAGGGUGUAACUACAAUACAUGGUCUCUAAAGUAUUCCAGUUGUAAAAUAUUUGUUUUAUUAUAUUUGCUGGCUGAACACAGAUGUGGUUUUUCAUAUAUUUUUGUAGUGUUUUGAGAGAAGCAGAAGCUUUAUAACCAACACCUAAUGCACUGUGCAGUGAAAAUGUAAGAGAGGUCCUUAUGUGCUCUGAGCUUUAAUUUUUUGUUUACAAACUGAACAGUGUUAUGCAGGCAGUCUAGUCCUGAUUAUAAGGUAGGAAGAAAUGAUACAGUACUACAGAUAAGAAUUACGGUUAUAGAAAAUGAAGGGGAAAGUAGCAAAGCUAUGUUUUGUGAAAAUUCACUGGUACUGUUUACUUUGGAAUCCAAAAAAACCCUCUAAAUUAAAAGGAGGAAAAACCUUUACCUAAUUCUUAUCUACAGGUAAAGACUUGCUUCCUGUGAUCAUAUAUAGCAAAUCAACAUGAUUUCUAUGUGUUAAAACCAACACCUGUUUGUUUUGAAGAUAACCAAAAGAAAUGCACUUUGCUAGCAGGGUUUGGUUUUGGGUUUUUUUGUUUUUUUUAAAUGGAGUUUUUGGAAACUUGGUUCAUGUUCACAUAAAAUGAAGUAGCUUCCUGUGGAGCCUUCACAUGUUAAAUGUACCUGCACUAGUGACAGUCAUUUAGAAUGUUUAUAUUCAUGGAAAUGUGGAUAAUAACUACCAAUAAACUACUUGAGGCACUAGGA